AUGGUGGAGUUUGACAUGAUCAUCUCUCGGUCAACAGGUCCUGCAGCUGGAGAUGCCAACUUAAGGAGAAGAAUUGAACCCUGGGAAUUUGAAGCCUUCUUUGACCCCCGAGAACUCCGGAAAGAGGCCUGUCUGCUCUAUGAAAUCCGGUGGGGCAGCAACCGUGGCAUCUGGCGACAUUCCAGCAAAAACACCACCAAGCACGUGGAACACAAUUUUAUAGAAAAAUUCACUUCAGAAAGACAUUUUCCCCCAUCGGUCAGCUGUUCCAUCACCUGGUUCUUGUCCUGGAGUCCCUGCUGGAAAUGCUCCCAGGCGAUUGGAGAAUUUUUGGACCAACACCCGAGUGUGACUCUGGUGAUUCACGUAGCACGGCUUUUCCAGCACAUGGACCCGCAGAACCGGCGAGGACUCAGAGACCUCUUCACCAGGGGUGUGGCUGUCCAGAUUAUGGGAGCCGCAGCGUACGAUUACUGCUGGAGGAAUUUCGUCAACUACCCCCCUGGGAAAGAAGCUCACUGGCCCAGAUACCCACCUCUGUGGAUGAAGCUGUAUGCACUGGAACUCCACUGCAUAAAUCUAAGUCUCCCUCCAUGUUUAAAGAUUUCAAGACAACGUCAGAAUCGGCUUACAUUGUUCACACUUGAACUUCAAAACUGCCAUUACCGAAUGAUUCCGCCCCAUAUCCUUUUCGCUACAGGGUUGAUACAGCUUCCUGUGACUUGGAGAUGAACAGAACAAUUCCUUGUGUAUCUACUGUUUCAUGAACCAGCAUUGAUGACCCACUAAAGAGUGAAUGCCAUUAGAAUCUAGAAAAUGUCAGUUUGCAUUUCUAUAUACUAAAGAUGGAUUAUUUGGAAAGGAAAGAAAACCAUCCCAUUUACAAUAGCAUCAAAUAAUAAAAUAUUUAGAAAUUAAUUUAACCAUGGAGGUGAAAGAUCUGUAUGGUGAAAUCUAUAAGGCAUUGACAAAACAGAUUGAAGAAGACAAAAGUAAAAUGGAACGAUAUCCCAUGGUCAUGGAUCGGAAGAAUUAAUAUUGUUAAGAGGUCCCUACUACCCAAAGCCACCUGUAAAUGCAAUGAAAUCCUUAUCGAGAUUCCAGUGGCAGUUUUUACAGCAAUGAAAAGACACUCCUCAUUUCAUAUGGAGCAACAAAAGACCCUGAAGAGCCAAAGCAAUACUUAUACGUGUGAAUGAAAUGAAAUCAUUAUCUCAAAGAUGCACUUCCACGUCCACUGCAGCAUUUACAAUAGCCAAGACAUGAAAACAGUCAGAAAGUUGUGUUGUAGCCCCCAUGCCAACUGUGAAGCUAAGAAACAGUCCAGCCGUGUGUCCAGGAAGAAAAGGAAACGGGGUUUGUGUCCACCACAAGGAGGAAACUGGGAAAUGGAACCAUUAUGCAAAUUGGCCAGGAUCAGAUAGGCGAAUCCAUGGCAGGAGUGGAACUAAAAAUCAGGGUUUUUUUUUCACUAAGAAUUCUAAUCUACACCUCUAUAUUCCAUUAUCAUCAGUACGUUGACACCUUUGAAUCUGCAUCUUCAGUUGGGCCUUCCUCCUGAGAUGAUUUCCUGUAAAACAUCUGGUCUCUCUCCCAGAGGCACAAGAAACUCAAACUCAAUUUUUCAAAAUUAAAUAUUCUUGAUUCUGUGUACUUGGUCCCUCAAAACAAAAAAACAGAUGUCUAGGAAUGUCUCUCUUGUCAGACCCCCCCUUCCGUCCACUGUAGGAUGGUCAAGAGGUGACGGCAGGCUAAGAUGGUGGAUCUAGAGAUAAAUUAGCAUGGUCAAAAGAGUUAUUAAGAUUUAAAACUAAGAAAGGUGAUGGAUUAACUUAUAUUUUGACUGAACUAUUAGUGCAAUCGCAGUGUUAUCCCCUGACAUAAGACACAUGGUGAAUAUCUGUCUGAUAGUUCAUCAAAUAAAUAUCAAGAUCAAGAUCAAAAAGUACCUUCCAAGCCUUCAGUUGCUAAAUUGUGUCCUGUGCUGACUCGACUCUCGUAAAAAUUUAUUAUGGGCAUUCAUUUUUAAAAUAGGAACUUUUCAGAGAUUCUGGCAGAAUUUCCCAACUUCUUAAGAACUGAAGAUACUUUAAAAAGACAUAUAUUUGAAAUGCAUGUAAAAAUAGAGUUCCAUGAAACACACUUUGAGAAACGGACAACAUCUGUGAGAAACCUGGGAAGGAAACCCACUUCCUGCAGAAAUGAUACGAAUUUGAGACACUAACAAAAGCUGCAGAUGUUUGACAGGUGGCAGGUCUGUUACAGGUGCUGAAGUUCUGCCCAAGCAAACUUUCAGAUAUCAGGUGAAGCUGGAUGAGGAUGAGUCAAGAAAUCUGUACUCACUGUCCAUGUUUUAGGGACAUCAGGAAGUUAACCAACCAUCUGAAUGGCUGGAAUAAAGUUUAUUUCUUUAAUAGACAAACACUUUCAUUCUAAUCGUGCUCCCUCUAGUUAUAAGUUAUCCCUCUGCCAUUACAGACAAGGGAAACUUUAAGGUAAUUCCAGCACCCAGAAAAGGAGCGUCCCACUGAAUGCAAUGGGAGCCACAGGCAUGUGAAAUAAUGGGGGGAAGAAAAGUAAUUUGUUACCCACCACAAUCAAAAAUCUAACUCCAUUCUCAAAAGCUAACUUCAAAAGGACCCUACAUACUUUUUUGUAGCCUUUUCAAUAUCUUGUAGAUUUUCUGUUUGGUUUGCUUGGAUUGAGUUCCAUAGAAUUUAGAACUGAAAAUGUGAUUUUACAGGCUGCAUGUGAGCAGACACCCAGUGUCCAGCUUUCUGGCUAAAAAAAAACUCACACGAAUGCCCGUCAUCCAUGUGAAAUUUCAAACAUAGCUUUAAAAAUAGAAUCCUAAAAGCUGGUGGUGGGCGGAAUGUUACAAGCAAAAGAUAAAAAGAUUACUGUCAGAUUUUUCAUGAUCAGCACUGAAAUCUAGAAGGCAUUUGACCCGUGCAUUUAAGAUUCUGAAGGUAAAAUUUUUCUCCACUGACUUCUGCAGUCAGCCCAGCUCUCUGGUGCUAAUUGGGAUGGAGACAUUUUCAACAUGCAGAGUAU